GCUCAUCCGUCCGUGCAAUGCGAGGGCACGGCGUUCCCAGCAGUUCACUCGCACGCGCGCACCGCUCCACUCGGUCUCGAGAGGCGCCCCGCACCGAGUUGGCGGCUCGGGCCAUCCAUCCAUCCCCGGCAAGGCGGCAACCCUUCUUCCCCCACCCCCCCCUCCCCCCCCAACUUCGCCGCCGGCUCCUCGCUCCCGUGGGCGGGCUCCUCGUCGGCCUCCGGUGAUGUCCGGCGGUAACGCGUGGUCGCCACUCUCUUCGCACGGGUUUGGAUCGGAGUCCAGCGGCAUGGCGAGCCGCGCCAGCGAGCCAGUGGCGAGGACCAACAGCGGCGGCGGCGGUGGCGGCAGCAAGGACUCGGGCAGCUUCGAGUGCAACAUCUGCCUGGACCUGGCGCAGGACCCCGUGGUCACCCUCUGCGGCCACCUCUUCUGCUGGCCCUGCCUCUACGAGUGGCUCCACGUCCACGCGCACUCACAGGAGUGCCCCGUCUGCAAGGCCGUUGUCGAGGAGGGGAAGCUCGUCCCCCUCUACGGCCGCGGUGGCACCUCCGCCGCUCCACGGGCGAGGUCUGUGGCCGGCGUCCAGAUCCCCAGCAGGCCGACCGGGCAGCGGCCGUCCACCGCGCCGCAGCCUGACCACAACAACCAUUACCCGCACCAGAACCCCUGGUUCAUGGGUGCUCAUGCUGGUGGCGCCCCUGUGGCUGGCGGCCGGUGGGGAAAUUACACUUUCUCAGCCGCCAUUGGAGGGCUGUUUCCUUUGCUGAGCUUCCAAGUGCAUGGUUUCCCGCAGGCCACUGCCUAUGGGCCUGCUGCAGGUUUUCCUUAUGGCUAUGGCCAUUCUUUCCAUGGGUGGCAUGGGUAUGGCUUCCCGCGCCAGGCGCCACAAGGCCAGCAGGUUGAUGUGUACUUGAAGGUGCUGCUUCUGGUAGUUGGCGUGCUUGUAAUUGCCAGCCUGAUUGCAUUUUAGAUCAUGCACGGCUGGAGAUAUUUCUGAUCCUUGUCGCUGUGAAUGUUAGUCCUAGCAUGGUUGCAUCCUAGAUAGCUCCCAUGGUUUGAUGUCAGUGUGGAGAGAAGUAGAAUGAUGCAUCGGCUGGUAAUAGUAUCUGUGAUAAUCAUUGGCAGUUGGUGUUUGGUUGUGUAAAGUUGCCAUCGAAGUUUUAUAGGUGCAUUUGUUGUGUUCUUGCCUUGAACUUUGACCAUGUUCAUAUUUGUUCAAUGAGUUUGCAAAAUUAUUUAUGCUA